UUCAGGUUUAUAUGGUGGCUACUAAGCAUCAGAAGGAGGAUGUUGUACUGGCAUCCUUUGCAACUCUGUCUAUUCUACAAUUAGUCAAGGAUGCGCAGCAGAAGCAUGGAUUACGUCAUGGAGAUUACCAAAGAUAUCGUGGUUACUGUGCACGUCGAGUUCGAAGGAUUCGAAAAUCACUUGGGUUUACCCAUAUACAUAAGGGAGUUUCAAAACACACUGCAAAGUUCAUCCCAAGAAAACUAGCAUUUGAUAUUAUUACUGAAGAAAGGUUUCUACAAAUAGCAGUUUUCGAUGCCGAAAGAAACUGGUCAUAUGCAAUUCAACUAAAACAAGAGGCUGGUGAAGAUAUGCAUUCAAGAAAACGUUUUCAUAUGAUCGGAAAACUACGAAGAGCGGUGAAACAUGCAUCGAGUCUCGAAAGUAUCAUCAAAAGUUGUGAGCGUGUAGACGCAGUAACGAGAUUAGAAUCCCAGGCAUAUAAUUCAUGGAUGCAUGGUUGUCUUCGUUUUGAACUAAAGGAGUGGAAAGGAGCCCUAGAAUGUUUCAGAACUACCAAAAAAAUAUAUGAAAAACUUGCUACAGUUGUGAAGCUGCCUGAUUUGGUGGAACUUUACAAAGUGAGGUGUCGAGAAAUACAACCACAGAUGCGCUAUUGUGAGUUCAACUGCGGUGACGAUGCAAGCUGUGAUGCUGCAAUGUCUGAAAUGAUCAAUAUGAGGCUACAGCUGAGUGAGGAAGAGGGUGUUUUGCAGGAAGACUUUGAUAAAUUAAUAGCGGAACUACGUACGAAAGCUGUCGUGCAUUAUAUAAAGGAUAUUGAGUGGGGUAAUGAAAAAGUUUCUGUGACGAAUGAUAAUGUCAAAAAUCUUCUACAAGCUCUUGAGCAGUUUGAUCACGAACUUGCGCAAACAACAAUACAUGAAGAUAAGAUGACUCUUUAUGAACAGUUGUUAAGCAAUAUCCGCGAUGUAAUUCAAACAUUAAAUGAGGAACAAAAGAAAUUAGUUGAUAGUAGAACUCACAUUGAUGGUGCACAAUCUCCGAAUCGGCUAACCAUUAUUUAUCUGGAAUUUAUGCGCCUCAAAAGAACUAUUGAACGUUACAUCAUGAUUAUUGCACAUACCAAGACACAGGCGGAAAAGAAAAUCAAACCACAAGAUCUGAUUCGUUUAUGUGACACAGUGAUUGAGAAUAGUUGUGAAAUUUUGGAAUUACCGGGUGUUGUAACAAAUAAAGAUUUGGAAUUAGCAUACAAAGUGAAAGCAGAGUAUUAUCGCGCACUCAGAUGUUUUUGUUUGGCUGAGGCACAUGCAGCUUUAGCAAAGUGGAAUGAAGCUAAUGUUUUAUAUGACCGAGCUGUGGAACGGACCUCGUACACUUCGAUGCUACUGAAAAAUGCGGAAGGAAAUCCUUUCAUCGUGGAAAAAGAGGAUGAUUUGAAGAACUUGCAUGAACAAAUAACUGCAUCAAAAUUUGCUACGCAAGCAAAUCGUCUUGUUGAAGCUGCAGGUGACAACAAAUGUGAUACAAAGCAGGAAAUUGUCGAUAACAGGCCUCUCGUCGAUACUCUGGACGCAUUCCGUAAAAUUACACUCAAAGACUUACAUAAAACCGAGCAAAGUAUUCGCAUAAUACCAGUGCCUCCUUCAUUCAUUCCUAUGCCGAAUAAACCCAUGUUCUUUGACUUAGCCUUGAAUCAUAUAAAGAUGCCGGAUUUGGAGUCUAAGAUCGCUUCUUAUGCAUUCGAUAAGAAGGAAACAUCGCAACGCAAUGAAAGACCGGAAAAAGAAGCCAAAUCAAAGCAGGGUGAACAAGAUGCGAAUCAGCAAGGAAUUGGGGGUCUGGUAAAAGGAUGGUUUUGGCGGAAAUGAAUAAUUUCACUGCAUUUUUAGUUGUAAAACGAAAAUAUGAUUUGUGCACUUAAUGAUUAAAGCAAAAAAUUACUGAGA